UUUUUUUUUUUAUUAAAAAGAGUGCUGGAACAGCUAGAUUUCAUUUCUUUCUUUUUUAUCUCUCUUAUGACUCUUCAAACUGGAAAAGGUUCUAUCUUUGUCUCUGGAACGGAUGGCGAUAAAGGUGUUGCUAUUGUUCAACAGUUGCUUCAAUUGCCUGAACAGUACAAGCACUUGAGCCCUCAACGUAUCUAUGCUGGUUUGCCCGAUGAUACUACACCAAGAGCAAAGUCACUUAAAGGAUUGGGUGCUAAAGUAGUUGCUUUUGAUAUCUUUCAUGAUCACCAAGCUGCUGUUAAGGCUCUUACUGGCAUGUCCAAGCUCUGUUUGUUGAUUGAUCCCCUAAGUGAAAGAAUGCAGCGCUCCAAUGCUUAUCAUUACGGUAAAGCUUUCAUUGAUGCUGCUAAAGAUGCUCAUGUUGAACAUAUUAUUUUCUUGACACCAUUUACACCAUUGGAUCCCAUUAGCCCACCUGUUUGUCAAGAUAGCGAAAUGCAAUUUGGUUCUUAUCGCUCUCAAUUUAUGUUAAUUGAAUCUUAUUUACAUACACAAUAUGAUAACAGCCAAAUUACCAUUUUAAGAUAUCCCGGUGUACUUCAUCAACACUUGUUAGUGUUUGGCAAAUACAUUGCACAACACAAUGCCUUUCCUUUGCCUGAUCAACACCUUGAGAUUACAGUAGAAUCCUGUAAUAUGAUUGACAUUGCUCGUGCAACUGCCUGUGUUGCUCAUUCACCCACACUUCGUCAUGGGAAGAAUGCUUACAAGAUUUCAUCUGGUUUGCUCACUUUGGAAGAAGUCAGUCAGCGUGUCUUGGGUGGACUCGAGAGAGAGAAUGAUAUCCAUCGUAUUGACUUGAAUGCCUUACAACAGAUUAUCUGUGAAAGUAUUGGCAAUGAAGACCAUGCUUUGUUCUUGAUGGAAAUGUGGGGAAUUCAACAAAAGUUGAGCGGUAGACGACUGGAAAUCACAAGAGAUUUGGAGGCACUUACGGGACAAAGCGGAAAAACCCUGAACGAAUUUCUCAAAGAAGCUGAAGUACGUGAUGCUUUCUUAUCUCAUAACAAUGACACUCUCCCUUCUUCAUCCAAGGUUGCUUAAGAUCCUUAUUCAUCUAUACAUACAUUACACUUCAUACUUAUAUACAUAUUCGUGGCAUAUAGCUCUAUUUUUACUUUGUACAUAUAAAAUAAAUAUACAAAAAAAAAUUUUUUUUUAUCAUA